AUGGCUGCAGCUAUGCAGCAACAACAAGACAUAUUCAUGCGCCAGCAACGAGACAUGCAUACCCUCAUGAUGGAAUCCUUGGGGAACCGAAAUCGCGUGGAAGUGUCCCGAGAAAGUUACAGUCGUGGCGCAGACAUCUUUGAAAGGUUCCAGAAGUUCCGACCACUAACAUUUGAAGGAGCACUGGAUCUAGUGCAAGCGGAGCGUUGGCUAGCAAGGAUUUCCAAGAUUAUGCGACCCUUGAAGUGCACCAAUUCACAAAUGGUAAACUUGGCCACAUACUUGUUAGAGGGUGAGGCGGAGAACUGGUGGCAGGGUUUGCAACGGAGUGUCCCGACCACAUAUGCAUGGACAUGGGCUGGGUUUAAGAUGAAGUUCCUUAAAAAAUACUUCCCCCGAUCGUGUAAGAAUGAGAAGAUAACUCAGUUUUUAAGAUUGGAGCAGGGCAAUUUGAUCGUUGCCCAGUAUGAGUCCCGGUUUGACGAACUCUCUCGAUACGUGCCGAAAGCCUUGGAAGAUGCUGAGUACAAAUUAUAG